CUGUGCCUGAUUUGUGGCCAGUGUUGGAGAUGUAAGAAACAGGAGGAAAACACACAAAGCGGGUAGCUAUGGAGAUAGAACGUUUUCCUGGCCGCUUCCUUUGACAGGUGUUGAGUUGCUUCAAAGUCUUAAAACAGAGUCCAACAUGUACGCCAAAGGCAAAGGAGCUGUCGUCCCAUCUGAUAGUCAAGCAAGAGAGAAAUUAGCGUUAUAUGUUUAUGAGUACUUGCUUCAUGUGGGGGCCCAAAAAUCUGCACAGACCUUCCUAUCUGAGAUCCGAUGGGAGAAGAACAUUACUCUAGGGGAGCCCCCUGGAUUCCUGCAUUCAUGGUGGUGUGUAUUCUGGGAUUUGUACUGUGCCGCUCCAGACCGCCGUGAGACCUGCGAGCACUCCAGUGAGGCCAAGGCCUUUCAUGAUUAUAGUGCAGCAGCAGCCCCCAGCCCUGUAAUGGGUAACAUGCCCCCCAAUGAUGGCAUGCCCGGUGGACCCAUGCCCCCUGGCUUCUUUCAGGGGCCUCCCGGCUCGCAGCCGUCACCACACGCACAGCCUCCCCCACACAAUACCAGCAACCCCAUGAUGGGACCACACGUCCAGCCUUUCAUGUCUCCACGGUACCCAGGUGGACCACGGCCGUCUCUUCGCAUGCCAAAUCAGCCUCCUGUGGGAGUUCCAGGGUCACAGCCACUCCUGACAAACAGUUUGGACCCAACCAGACCUCAAGGACAUCCUAACAUGGGCGGCCCGAUGAGAAUGAAUCCUCCCAGGGGGAUGGGUGGCAUGGGCCCUCAGAACUAUGGUGGUAUGAGGCCUCCUCCCAACUCUCUAGGUGGUCCAGGCAUGCCCGGAAUGAACAUGGGUCCUGGAGGACGCGGCCCUUGGCCAAACCCAAAUGCUAACUCGAUAGCAUACUCCUCCUCGUCUCCUGGCAACUAUGUGGGUCCUCCAGGAGGAGGUGGACCUCCAGGAACUCCUAUAAUGCCAAGCCCAGGAGACUCCACAAACUCUAGUGAAAACAUCUACACAAUGAUGAACCCAAUCGGACCAGGAGGCAACAGACCCAAUUUCCCCAUGGGUCCCGGUCCUGAUGGCCCAAUGGGCGGAAUGGGCGGCAUGGAACCCCAUCAUAUGAAUGGAUCGUUAGGAUCUGGUGACAUGGAUGGGUUGCCAAAGAACUCCCCCAACAAUAUGGCAGGCAUGAACAACCCACCGGGCACACCGCGGGAUGACGGAGAGAUGGGGGGCAACUUCCUCAACCCAUUCCAAAGUGAAAGUUAUUCACCCAACAUGACGAUGAGUGUGUGAUUUUUCAUCUUUAUAAUUUUUUAUUUGGGGUUUUCUUUUUGUUUGGUUUUCAAACCCCUUUGAUCCCUGUUCCUUUUUUAACCAUGCCCUGUUCACAUCUACCAAUCCUGGCACCCUCUGCCCACGGACAUCUGGCUUGGCCACACAGCCCUCUGGGAUACCCCCUGAGCACCGGACUCGUAUGAAGGUGGCCCAUCCCAGCCUGUGCAAAAUGGCCGCCGGCAACAGGAAACAGCCCCAGAGCCACAGGAAGAGCUUGUUGACUGAUUCUCCCUGCCUCCCGGACUUUCUCUCUGGCUCAGGACAUUGAUGGGGCUGAACACACACAGACAGGUGUGUGUAUGUGAGCAGUUUCAACAUGGCAGACAUUGUAUCACCAGGCUGCUCACAUCUUUGUGUACUCCACUUUUAAUUAGGAUUUAUUUUUUUUCUUCUUCAAAGUAUGCAGUAGUUUUUACAGUGGAAAAUAUCUGUACCCAAUACUUAUAUCCUCCAUUUUAUUGUGUACAUUUGAAAUGCAAGUGGAAACUCAUGGUAGUGGGUUUGGCAAUGAACGUUUUUAUUAUUCUGUGUAUGUAUUGUAUUAUUAUCAAUUGUUGAUUUUAAUUUGUAUUAAUAUUGUAAUGAUGGUUAUUGAUUAGGUUUUAAUUUUUUUUGGAAGGGGAACAUUGUAUGUAUACCUUGCAUUCAGAAUAAGCACACUCACCCAUAAUGCACAAUAACUGUGUCAAGACUUUUUCAUUAAGUCUAUGAUAUGUUUUGUGUUUGCUGUGAAAUAUUACCUCCCGCAGAUUUAGGUCACAUUGCCAUACCUUUCAGAACACCUAUCUAGAAUACAGCUGUAUGAAGAGCAGUCACCGGAGACAUAGAUUCAUUGUCCCUUGGACUCAGCUCAGAGUGCGUCGUAAACGUCUUAAGGGGCCACUGACACAAAAAUGUUUUAUUUUAUUUUUUUAAACUUUUUCUCCGCAUACAGUGCACAUCUUUGACCAUGGUGCCGCAUCUCGCUGUUUUUUGUUUUUCAGUGUCUCAUGAAGGAGCACCCUGAUACGCCCCAAGUUUAAAAGAACUGUAACUUUUAAAAACACGUCGAGUUCUGUUCUCUUCGAUGAGCUUUGUCUAACCUUUUUAGUGCAAGUAUGCUUUGUGUUUGUCUGUGCUAUUUUUCUUGUUUUGUUCUGAUAUUUAAACAUGCAUUACAUGGACAUCUUUGACCUUUGCCCUGCGUCUCAUUGUUUUUUUUUCUUUCUUUCUUUUUUAGCAUAUCGCGUAGGAGCACAGCAUUCUUUAGAAUCGUUGUCAAGUUUAACGCAAGAAUGCUUUGUGUUCGUUUGUUUCAUUUUUCUUGCAUUGUUCUGAUAUGUAAACAUGCGCGACAUGGACAUUUGACCAUCAAGACUCAAGUUUAAAAGAACUUAAACCUUUAAAAAUGCAUCCUGAGACACUUGUAUUUUGUUCUAUUCGUUGCACUGUAGUUUUUCCCGCAACAAUGCUUUGCAUCUGUCUGUGUGUUUUUAAAAAUUUUUGGUUAUGCAAGCAUUUGCAAAAUAGACAUCUUUGACCAUUGCGCCACGUCUCGCUGUUUUUCACAGCAUUCUUUAGAAUCAGUGUCACGUUUAAAGAACUUUUAAAAACACUUCUCGAAACACCUGAGUUCUGUUCUGUUCGGCGCCCUGCGUCUAGCUUUUUUAGCGCAAGAAUGCUUUGUGUCAGACUGCGCUAUUUUUAUUGUUUUGUUCUUGUAUGUAAAGAUGCACUACAUGGACAUCUUUAACCGUUGUGCCACAGCUCACACUAGAACGCCAGGUUUUUAGGGGCCAUGUCAACUCUCGAAAGACCUGUGUUCUUUUUUAGUCCUUGCGCUGCAUCUAUCUUUCUGUAGCGCAAGAACGCAUUCGGUCUAAAGAGCCCCUAAGGUGAGGAAAGAGUGUCAUCAGACAGAAACCAGCAUUGACAAUGACCACUCUGACCAGACAGUGUUUCAGAUAUCGAGUUUUAUCCUGGACUGAAAGCUCAAGUUAUAUUUAGAGAGAUAGUGAUAUCCCGGGGCUGAAAACAUUGAAGAAACUGUUAUUCUAUCUUGGUACAUAUUGAUUAUACAUCUAAUUAGGGCAAAACAUAACUCAAAGGCCAUGUAUGAGAGACGACUGCUCAUACAGUAUCAUUUCAGGACAUGCCGUGAAUUUCAACGUAUUUAUUUGUUUUAUUUUUAGUUCAUUAAUAGGUUUAUCAUGCACAUGUCUUGCAUGCAACCCUUCUGGACAUAUUGUACACAUGUAAAUAUGCCAGUAUAAGAUACCUCCUAAAGAUUUGUAUGGUUCUGUCUGUGCCCUCUGGCUUCACUGACCACCCUCACGCUUUCCUUAUGCUUGUUUUUAAUCUUGUUGACCUUUGAAACUGUUACGUGAUGUUUCAGUACUGACGAGGUACCUAUUGGCUGGGUGCUUUUUGAAGGGAAAGAGAGAGGGGUUUUCUUCUUAAAAACAGCAAUGCCAGCCAACAUGUCGUACUAGCCUUAGCUCAGAAAAGGGUCCGGUGUUAAUAGACGUGGCGAUCAGUUUCCAGUUCAAAUUGGUUAUUUUAACAGGAGUGUGUUAUUUACACGCCACUUGUGGCACCAAAUGGAAUUGCAAUCUGCAUGGUUGUGUGACAUGAUAUAUCAGUAUAAACUGAGGUGGAACUGCCUUUUUGGCCAGACAAAGAAAGACUGGAAGAGGUUUGAUAACAUGUUAUUUUUGCAGUUCUGUUUGGUGCUUCAGAAAUGAUGCUGCAGCUUUAAAUUGACCACUGUGACCUGGAAACUGAUCGCCACGUCUAUUAACACCGGACCCUUUUCUGAGCUUAUGGUUUUAGGGGUCACUUAUAUGACAUGACCAUCAGGAAGUACUGAGGAAUAUAUUAUCAAUAAGUAAUUGGGCAUUGCCUCAUAUCAUCAGCACAUGCAGUUUCAUUUAAGAUGUCUUCGUUCUUCAAUGUUUUUCGGGUUUGAUAUUUGUUGUGUAUUUUAAACUAAAUGUGUUUUUUGUAUUAUCUGUGGGUCUCUGUGUGUAAUAGUUUUUAAAGGGAUAGUUCACCCAAUAAUCAUUCAAAGCCCACAAUUUGUUCCAAACCUAUACGACUUUCUUCCAUGGAACACAAAAGGAGAUUUUAGGCCAUACGUUAGGGACUGACAGCCUCACUUCCUAUUCACUUUCAUUGUAUAGGGGAAAAAUGCAAUGAAAGUAAGUCAUUCUGCCUCUAAGUCAAGAAAACAUUCUGUCUAAUUUUUUUAUGAUCCAUAGAAGAGAAAAAGUCCUAUAGGUUUAGUAGAACAUUUUCAUUUUUCAGGUGAUCUAGCUAUCUAAGGGUAAAAAGGAAUAAGUAAACAUCAGAGCUAAAUACUAUAACCCUCUUGCUGAUGACAAAAUCUCCUUCUAAUUUCUUGCUGCCUUUAUCUCUAACAACACACACAAUAAUCAAAUUGAACCUGCUUUUAAGUUUUCCUCAUCUCCAGGACAUGAUGUACACAGACAAACACAUUUAUGUCAUGUCUAUCUUGCUUUAUUACUUAAUUUGUUUCUUGUAAAUACUGUAAAAUGCAUUUUGAUAUCAUUGACAUGUUUUGAUAUUUCAGUAAUUACCAAUGGCAACAAAUCUUGGGGAAAAAAAUGUAAAGGAAGAACCCAUCUUUGUAGUUAAAGAGUCACCAUUCUCUGUCUUUUGACUCUCCACUGUACAGAUGUACUAAAUUAAUCAUUCAAAUGUAAAGAUUUUGUCAGCCUUUACUUAGUAAACGACUUCUGUGAGCUCAUGUUUGGGAGAACAAGAAAGAUCAGAUGUUUGAACUGGUCAUAUGUUCGGCAUAACCAAGCGCACCUCAUAAACCAGAAUCAUGUGUUGGACACAUGCGGCGGGCCAAAGCCUCACGAUGCAUUUAGUGUCCUCACUUUGCACUUUGCAGACAGCCCACCUUUUAUCACAUUGCCUAUAUGGAUAUACAUGAACACAAGAAGUUGUCUCUUUACAUACAAAAGGGACCACACAUUACAAACUUUACUAUGAAGGAUUUUUAUCUAUUUAAAGUAAAAGACACACAAAAAAAAUACAGGAGUAUGGAUAAAUAGUAAUAAAGUGGAGGGAGCUGUCCUUCCUGUUAUCUUGAUAUAGUGUUUUAUAGGUUGCAGUCUCUCCUUGGCCAGUCCUCUGUAUGUAAACCACUCAUGUUGUUGGCCAUCUCUGUAAUUCUAUUGUGACGCUGUACAAUAAAUACUACAUUAGCGAGGAGUUGAGGUGCGGAGAGGCUUUAAAAGUGGGAAUGAAAAAAUUCUCCACAGUUCAUUGUUCUUUCUGACAGACGAAAAGCAGUAUUGAGGAUAAAGGAGUCCGUCUCCUGAGUUUGCUUUGUAUUUCAUGUUUAGGGUAGUUUGGAUCCUUGUCUUAGGGACACUUUCUGUCUUGUGUAGUAAAUUAAAAAGUUCUUUGUAUGUUUCUUUAUAUUGUAAAGAUUCUUUUAGGUCUAAAAGUUGUUUAUUAAAAAAAAGGAUGGAAAAGUGCAUCAAUAAUGUAGUUGUUGCUUAAUUUUUUGCUUGUCCCUUCGUUGUAGAUACAGAUUUAAGACUAAUAAAAUAAUAUUAACCUCUUUUACCAAGACUUUCUGCUCCCCAAGUUCUUAAUUUAUUCAAAUAUAUGUUUCU